AUGAGGAAACGCGCUCUGGACCUGGAGCCAUGGGACCGAUGCCAAACCAAGCGCCAGUGUUUGGGGGUGGAGCUUGUGGCUGAGUGUCCAAUGGAAACAUGCGACAGUUCAAAAUUGACCAAUCAGCUGCAGCCUGAGCCGCACGUGCAGUUUGGUCCCGGUCCCGGUCCUGGUCCCGGUCCUGGUCCGGGUCCCGGUCCGGGUCCCGAUCCUGGUCCCGGUCUUGGUUCUGGUCUGGUUUGUGAGCGAUGCCUCCGAGGGGAACCAGGACAUAUCAAUCACCUGCUUCAGCUCUGA